AGACCCGGAAGCGCUAUCGUUCAAGAUGGCGGCGCCCAGCCGUCGGAAGCAGUGGGCCUGGGUACGCAGCGGACGUGUGGUAUCCAGUCUGAAGAGGCAUGAGCUGGGUGCUGGCCCGAGGCCUCUCUAGGGGCUGGGGAAGCAUCUGCUGGGAUACCCUCUCAGGAUCCCAUUUCUCUCAGUGCUGGAGAUGGAACCCAGGGUCUUGUGCUGCUAAGGUGACUCCUCAGGCCCCAUGGAGCCUCCACUACAGCACAGUCAACCACAAAGAUGAGGCAUGGCUGGUUCCUCAACCCUCUGAACCCCAGAGAAAGCCCAUCAGGGUCCUGACACCCCAUGAAGAGCUGUUCAGGCCUUCUCCUGAUGGGGAGCGGGACAAGGCGAGCUUUGUGGGGGCCGUGCAGAACUUCAGACAGUACAGUGUGCACAAGCGUGGCCAUGUGGACUUCAUCUACCUGGCCCUGCGCAAGAUGCAAGAGUUUGGUGUGGAGCGGGACCUGGCCGUGUAUAACCUGCUGCUAGAUGUCUUCCCCAAGGAGGUCUUCCGGCCACGCAAUGUCUUCCAGCGCAUCUUUGUUCACUAUCCACGGCAGCAGGAGUGUGGGAUUGCUGUCCUGGAGCAGAUGGAGAGACAUGGAAUCAUGCCCAACAAGGACACAGAGUUCCUGCUAAUUCAGAUAUUUGGAUACAAAAGCUACCCAAUGCUCAAGUUCCUGCGGAUGAAGCUGUGGCUUACCCGCUUCAAGAACAUCAACCCUUACCCUAUUCCUCGGGACCUGCCCCAGGACCCUGUGGAUCUGGCCAAGCUAGGCCUACGACACAUGGAGCCUGAUCUUAGUGCCAAGGUCACCGUCUACCAGAUGGCUUUGCCCAGUGAUACACCAGGUGCAGAGGAUCCCACCCAGCCCCACAUUGUAGGAAUCCAGAGUCCUGAACAGCAGGCCACCCUGGCCCACCACAACCCAUCGAGGCCUGUCUUUGUAGAGGGCCCCUUCUCUCUGUGGCUGCGAAACAAGUGUGUUUAUUACUACAUCCUGAGAGCUGACCUACCACCCCCUGAGGAAAAGAAAGUUGAGGAGAUCCCAGAAGAAUGGAACCUCUACUAUCCAAUGAAACUGGAUCUGGACUAUGCAAGGGGCAACUGGGACAACUAUGAGUUUGACAUCGAUAAAGUGACUGAAGGCCCCAUCUUUGCCAUGUGCAUGGCUGGUGCCCAUGACCAGGGGACACUCAUCAAGUGGAUCCAGGGUCUGCAGGAGACCAACCCAGCCCUGGCUCAGAUCCCCGUGGUGUUCCGCCUGGCCAGGUCCCCGGGGGAGCUGCUGACAUCCUCUGGGCUAGAGGGGCCAUCCCCUCUGCAAGCCCCUCCACAGGGCCAAGAGGACGAUCACCCUCUUCAGCCACUGCAGCAGCAAGGUCAGAGUGGAGUCUCAGGGGCAUGAGGGGCAUACACUGUGCCUCAAAGAGACAGUGGAUUGCUGUGAAGGCUGAAGAGGACAUCUGAGAAAAUAAAUAAAAAUUGUUCCCACCUGG